AUGGAUGCCGAGAACCUUACAGGAAUUACAGAAUUUUUUCUCUUAGGAUUUUCUGAGGAUCCAGAGCUGCAGCCCCUCAUCUUUGUGCUUUUCCUGUCCAUGUACCUGAUCACCGUGCUGGGGAACCUGCUCAUCAUCCUGGCCGUCAGCUCAGACCCCCACCUCCACACGCCCAUGUACUUCUUCCUGUCCAACCUGUCCUUUGUUGACAUCUGCUUCACCUCCACCACCAUCCCAAAGAUGCUGGUGAACAUUCAGACACACAGGAAAGCCAUCAGCUAUGCAGACUGCAUCACCCAGAUGUACUUUUUCCUCCUGUUUGUUGUUAUGGACAAUUGUCUUCUAGCUGUGAUGGCUUAUGACCGCUUUGUGGCCAUCUGCCAUCCCCUACACUACACGGUCAUCAUGAAUCCCCGGGUCUGUGGGCUGCUGCUUCUGCUGUGCUGGAUUCUUAGCAUUCUGGACUCUGUGGUCGAAAGUUUGACGGUGCUGUGGCUGUCCUUCUGCACAGAUGUGGAGAUCCCGCACUUUUUCUGUGAAUUCAACCAGGUGAUCCACCUGGCCUGCUCAGAAACGUUUGUCAAUGACAUAGUCAUGUAUGUGGCAGCAUUGCUGCUGGCCGGAGGUGCCUUCACUGGGAUCAUUUAUUCCUACACUAAGAUCGUUUCCUCCAUCCGCCGAAUCUCCUCGGCUCAGGGGAAGUAUAAAGCCUUUUCCACCUGUGCAUCCCACCUUUCCGUGGUCUGCUUGUUCUACUUUACGGCCCUAAGUGUGUACCUGAGCUCUGCAGUGACCCGGAACUCCCAGUCGAGUGCAAUCGCCUCGGUGAUGUACACGGUGGUCACCCCCAUGCUGAACCCUUUCAUCUACAGUCUCCGGAACAAAGACAUCAAGAGGGCUCUGAAGAAUCUCACUGGGAAGAAAACAACGAUAGGACAUGAUUCCUAA